AUGUCUAGAAAGCAAGAAUUCAACAAGCACAUAGGACCCUUCGAUAUUAAGGGCUCCCUUGAUAAAGAGACUGGUCACAUUGAAGGAGCGUUUGGCAUAAACCUGGGCCCUGCCGGAUACCAAGAAGUCAAAUCAUUCAGUGGCUCGUACACGGAAGGGGUUUCGACGGACAUCUCGAUUCAUCUCUUCGGCUCCCAUAAAGUGGGGAGCUUUACAAUCAAAGGUGAAAAUGGUGCCGUGGUUGUGUUAUUGACCUGGGAGGGCCAAACUCAGCGGAUUACACUCCUUGAAACGGAAAAGCAGGCAAAAGGGUCCCUAGACCUAAAAUUCACACCUCGAGAGCCUAAGGGAACUCUCACCCUCACGGCCGAUGGGUCUCAAAUCAAGCGCCAGUUGACCUUUAUACCAAGCCCAGCCACCGAGAUACCCUUGGAGGUCGCUGUCCCCGUGGUUGUGAUUUAUCAUGAUGCAGCGACCCUAAAACAACCUAACCUGACGUUCACUGGGGCAGUUGUCAAAGAUGGUGCACCCAUGAUUUACGUGACUUUUUCAUCUGGAGUGGAAGUCCGUGGAAGAAUUCCAACGGAGGAGAUUCAGGAUUGGGAUAGCAAAAUCUGGCCUGGAUCUUUAGAGGGAAAUGCCCCCUAG